CCUUCUCCGUUGCUACGCAGUGACGUCAGAGGCAGAGAACAUGGCGGCUGUGCUGAAGGCGGAAGCAGGACCGUGCAGGUGGACGUCCAUCCUGUGAGACUGCCGCCAUGAGCAACAAGGAGAUGGUUUCCACGGAGACAGAGAAUAAAGGACAGAGGAAGGUGUUUGUUCCCAACAAGCUGCUGGAGUGUCUGCCCCGCUCGUCCUCGCUGCCUAACGAGCGUCUGAGGUGGAACACUAACGAGGAGAUCGCCUCCUACCUGAUAUCCUUCGACAGACAUGACGAGUGGCUCUCCUGCAGCCUGAGAACCAGGCCGAAGAACGGCAGCAUCAUCCUCUACAACAGGAAGAAGGUGAAGUACAGGAAGGAUGGAUACUCCUGGAAGAAGAGAAAGGAUGGAAAGACGACAAGAGAGGACCACAUGAAGCUGAAGGUCCAGGGCAUGGAGUGCCUCUACGGCUGCUACGUCCAUUCCUCCAUCGUGCCAACAUUCCACAGAAGAUGCUACUGGCUGCUGCAGAACCCAGACAUCGUCCUGGUCCACUACCUGAACGUGCCGUCACCAGAGGACUCUGGGAAAUGCAGUCCACUAAUGUGCACGUUGUCUGACCGCCACGAUACCCUGAGGUGGAGCCGGGACGACCUGCAGAGCCAGCUGAAGCCCAUGUUCCACAGCAUCAAGUGUUCUGUGGGUUCUGGAGAGUUCAGCAUUGAGGAGCUGGUUCAGCACAUCUUGGACCGGCAGAGAACCAAGCCUCAGCCCCGCACACAUACCUGCCUCUGCAGCACCAGCCAGGUGUCUCCAGGAGUGAACAUUCCCCACCGCUGUAACAGCACCAAGCACCGCAUCAUUUCCCCCAAGCUGCCGCCGUCCUCCGCCUCCCCGCUGUCCUCAGAACCAGGGGAGGCAGGGAGGGAAGGAGAGAACGUGCUGCCUGCCCUGCAAGCCCAGAGCAGCCCCUCGUCUUCCCCCAGCCCUUCAUCCGCUUCAGCUUCUUCACCUCCUCCGGCACACAGGGCCACCAUCACCGUGAGUAACCAUGGUAACGGUUUCUACAGGGACGGCCACAGUAACCUGGCUGCCGUGGCACUGCCUCAGAACGCUGUGAUCGUCAUGGCGACAACUGCCACCAUCCCAGGAGGAAGAGGAGGGGGCCAGGGAGGAGGAGGAGGAGGUGGUGGGGCUCAACCUGAGGAGGCAGGGCAGAGGAGGAGCUAUGGAUCAUUGCUGCUCUCACCCACCGUCCCUCCCCCUGCUGGAAAGCCUGCCUCCCCCUCUCCUCCUUCCUCCUCUGCCUCACCCACUCCCCCGGCCCCCUUACAGGCCACCCUCUCCCUCACCCUUCUUCCCUCCCCCGUCAUCGGGGGUCUCUUCCUGACCCCCUCCUCAUCCAAUACCUCCCUUCAGUCUUCUCCUCCUGCAGCUACCACACCUCCGUCUCCCUCCCCAUCUCCACCCCCACCUCCCCCAUCCCUGCCCCCAGCCUUUGACCCUGACUCUUUCCUUAACUCCCCAAAACAGGGACAGACAUACGGAGGGUCCCCUCCCACCUGCAUCCUCAGUACCUGCUCCCCCCUCUCUCACCCUUCCCUCAGUCUCUCCCUCUCCCCCACAACCUCUACCCCUCCAUCCUCUGUUUCUCCCCCUUCCUCCCUCUCCUCCCCCUCCACCUCUGCUUCCCCUCCUUCAUCUGGCCACCCCUCCUCACUCACCCUCUCCCUGUCUCCCACCUCCUCUGUGGCCCCACCCAUCCUGCCCCUCUGCCUGGAGCUUGGAGCUCUGGGGGAAUCAGAUGCAGUAAGGGAGGAGUCUAGGUCUGAUGAAGAGGAGGUGACGGAGCAGACUGAUGAUGAUGAAGGCAGUGGACCACCCACCAAGCUGGUUCUGCUUCAGACAAACCACGCCCCUUCCAGCUUGUCUCCUAGGCAACACACAGACGGCAGCUCCGCCUCCCUCCUGGUUUGCCAGAAACCAUCCCAGUCGACUGAAGCUCCGCCCCCAGCUGAGAUUUCCCAUCAGCACCUGGGGCUGCUACAGCCAUCAGUGUUCACUUCCAAAGCUGACGUGCCAUCCUUCGCUAGCUCUGAUCCAAGAGCUGUUGCUAUGGACACCGCUUUCUUAGCAACGGUCCCGUUGCAGGUGAAGGAGGACAGAAGGCAGCGCUACGACUCUGUGGAAACCUGUAUGGAAACUCAGUCACCGGAGGAGGCGGAGCCUGGGGAGCACAGAGGGGAGGAGCUUGAUAUUUCCUUUGAUAGCCAGUUCCCCGACCUCAUCUCUGACCUCAUCACUGAAGAGUCCAGUCCCACUGUGGCUCCGCCCCUUCCUGCACCUACACCAACCACUGCAAUGAGUGCGGCCGUGUUCCCCACCGGAGUCCGCUACGUGGUGCCGCCGCAGCCCUCACCCUCCUCCUCUUUCCUCCCCUUUCCUGACCCGGUGCCUGCCGCCUCUUCCACGCGCCUGGCCUCCAUCACUGACUUCUCCCCAGAGUGGUCGUACCCAGAGGGUGGUGUGAAGGUUCUUAUCACCGGGCCGUGGAACGAGCCGUCGGGUCGGUACUCCUGUGUGUUUGAUCAGAGCUCCGUCCCUGCAUCCCUGAUCCAGCCUGGAGUUCUGCGCUGCUACUGUCCAGCCCACCAGGCCGGUCUGGUGUGUCUGCAGGUUCUGGAGUCCGGAGGUUCUGUCUCCUCAUCAGUUCUGUUUGAGUACAGAGCGAGGAACGCCAGCUCUCUGCCAAGCUCCCAGCUCGACUGGCUCUCAUUGGACGAUAAUCAGUUCAGGAUGUCCAUCCUGGAGCGGCUGGAGCAGAUGGAGCGGAGGAUGGCAGAGAUGGCAGCACGAGACCGCAACCAUCACCCUCAUCAACAGCAGCAGAACCGGAACCAGUUGGCCACACCCCCUCCUCCUCUAUCUGAGGACCACGACCAGUCCUCUCAGUGGUUUGAGAGGAGGAUCGUUGGAGUGUGUGAGGGGAUGAUGAGAGGAGCCCGAUGGGGAGGAGGAGACAUGCUUCAUCACUCAGUUCGCCACCGUGGGAUGACUCUGCUCCACCUGGCUGCUGCACAGGGAUACACACACCUGCUCCACGUCCUGAUCCACUGGAGGACGCUGAACCGCGACAGUUUGGACCUGGAGCAGGAAGUUGACCCUCUGAACGUCGACCACUUCUCCUGCACGGCGCUGAUGUGGGCGUGUGCGCUGGGCCACCAGAGGGCAGCAGAGCUUCUGUACAGCUGGAACAGUCUGGCUCUGGGGAUCCCCGACUCGUUGGGCCGCCUGCCGCUGGCGGUCGCCCGCUCCCGGGGCCACACGCGGCUCGCCGCAGCACUGGAGGAGCUGCACACCCAGCGUACUCAGAUGACCACCAGGGACGUGCGCGUGCCACCAGCAGACACGCCGCAGUCUCCUCUGUCCACCAGCACAGAUACAGGUCUCAGCUCCUCCAGCAGUCUCCCCUCACCCAGCGACCCCUCCUCUCCUUCUCCCAGCUCCGCCUACUCCAGUGGCCCCGCCCCCAUGGACACCUCCCCCUCAUCACCAUCAUCACUCUCCUCCUCCUCACUGCCUGUGUCUCCUCUCUCUCCGUCCUCCUUCCCUGUCUCCACCCCUCCUUCAGUGUCCAUGUGGAGGGAGGAGCCUAACCCGACCUUCAGCGCAGGUAAGCCAGGUUUGAACGCCGGCGGCUUCAGAGACGCCUCCCUGUACCUCAUGGACUAUGAGAACGCCCCGCCCACCAACACAGACCUUCACACAGCGGGGGGGCGGCAGCCUCACUCGGCGGCGACGCUGGAGGAGCAGCUGCUGAGCUACAGCGAGAACGCUGAGAACGAAGGAGAGGACGAGGACUACCUGGAGGAGGAGGUGCUUCAGGUCGACAUGGCAACGCUGGCAGAACAAAUCAUCGAGGCGACCCCAGAGCGAAUCAAACAGGAGGACUUUCCCAGGGGGGCGGAGUCUCCGCUCAGAGAGAGGCGGGACAACCCCGCCCUCCAGGACACCUGGCUGGCUACCUACCUGGAAACAGUCGACACUCACACACACUCCCCGCCCAGACCGGUGUGCCCCCCCUCACCCCUCAGUGCUCUGGCUCUACAGAGGCUCCGCCCCCCUUCCUCUGCAGCGUGGGCGGAGUUCCUGAACGCCUCAGCCAAUGGGAAGAUGGAGAGAGACUUUGCUCUGCUGACGCUGACGGACGGCGAGCAGAGAGAGCUGUACGAGGCCGCCAGGAUCAUCCAGAACGCCUUCAGGAGAUACAAGGGUCGGAGGUUAAAGGAGCAGCAGGACAUGGCUGCCGCCGUCAUCCAGAGGUGCUACAGGAAGUACAAGCAGCUAACAUGGAUAGCUCUGAAGUACGCUCUCUACAAGAAGAUGACCCAGGCGGCCAUCUUGAUCCAGUCCAAGUUCCGGUCAUACUAUGAGCAGAAGCGUUUCCAGCAGAGCCGGCGGGCGGCCGUCCUCAUCCAGCAGUACUACCGCAGCUACAAGGAGUACGAGCGGCUGAAGCAGGCGCCACGAGGGGGCGCCACACACAACCCCAAGAUCAAGGGGUCGUUCCUGACAAAGAAACAGGACCAGGCGGCGAGGAAGAUCAUGAGGUUCCUGCGGCGCUGCAGACACAGGAUUAAAGAGCUGAAACAGACGAGGGAGCUGGAGAGGAGAGGACUGACCACAUGAAGCAACCACAGAGGAAUGAUGGACAGAGUGACGGAGAGAUGCCUUACGCCACACCAACUCCUCCUUCCUGUUCAUCAGUCCAUGGAUCAUCUGUCUUCUGGUUGAAUGUAGCCGUCUGUCUGCAGCUUCAAGAGCUCCGUUCACAAAGAUCCUGCUGUUCCUUAGGAGCUGGGGCUGUAUGUCCCUGGGCGCGGUCUGGCAGGAGGUAAAGACCAUAUAGACAUGGUGUCAAUUUGCCCUGGGCGCGGUCUGACAGGAGGUAAAGACCCAUAUAGACAUGGUGUCAAUUUGCCCUGGGCGCGGUCUGACAGGAGGUAAAGACCAUAUAGACAUGGUGUCAGUUUGCCCUGGGCGUGGUCUGACAGGAGGUAAAGACCAUAUAGACAUGGUGUCAAUUUGCCCUGGGUGCGGUCUGGCAGGAGGUAAAGACCCGUAUAGACAUGGUGUCAGUUUGCCCUGGGUGCGGUCUGGCAGGAAGUAAAGACCCGUAUAGACAUGGUGUCAAUUUGCCCUGGGCGUGGUCUGGCAGGAGGUAAAGACCAUAUAGACAUGGUGUCAAUUUGCCCUGGGCGUGGUCUGACAGGAGGUAAAGACCAUAUAGACAUGGUGUCAAUUUGCCCUGGGCGCGGUCUGACAGGAGGUAAAGACCAUAUAGACAUGGUGUCAGUUUGCCCUGGGCGUGGUCUGACAGGAGGUAAAGACCAUAUAGACAUGGUGUCAAUUUGCCCUGGGCGUGGUCUGGCAGGAGGUAAAGACCAUAUAGACAUGGUGUCAAUUUGCCCUGGGCGUGGUCUGACAGGAGGUAAAGACCAUAUAGACAUGGUGUCAAUUUGCCCUGGGUGCGGUCUGGCAGGAGGUAAAGACCCGUAUAGACAUGGUGUCAGUUUGCCCUGGGUGCGGUCUGGCAGGAAGUAAAGACCCGUAUAGACAUGGUGUCAAUUUGCCCUGGGCGCGGUCUGGCAGGAGGUAAAGACCAUAUAGACAUGGUGUCAAUUUGCCCUGGGCGUGGUCUGGCAGGAGGUAAAGACCCAUAUAGACAUGGUGUCAAUUUGCCCUGGGCGCGGUCUGGCAGGAGGUAAAGACCAUAUAGACAUGGUGUCAAUUUGCCCUGGGCGCGGUCUGGCAUGAAUUAAAGACCCAUAUAGACAUGGUGUCAAUUUGCCCUGGGCGUGGUCUGGCAGGAGGUAAAGACCAUAUAGACAUGGUGUCAAUUUGCCCUGGGCGCGGUCUGGCAGGAGGUAAAGACCAUAUAGACAUGGUGUCAAUUUGCCCUGGGCGCGGUCUGGCAGGAGGUAAAGACCCAUAUAGACAUGGUGUCAGUUUGCCCUGGGCGCGGUCUGGCAGGAGGUAAAGACCCAUAUAGACAUGGUGUCAAUUUGCCCUGGGCGCGGUCUGGCAGGAGGUAAAGACCCAUAUAGACAUGGUGUCAAUUUGCCCUGGGCGCGGUCUGGCAGGAGGUAAAGACCCAUAUAGACAUGGUGUCAAUUUGCCCUGGGCGUGGUCUGGCAGGAGGUAAAGACCAUAUAGACAUGGUGUCAAUUUGCCCUGGGCGCGGUCUGGCAGGAGGUAAAGACCAUAUAGACAUGGUGUCAAUUUGCCCUGGGCGCGGUCUGGCAGGAGGUAAAGACCCAUAUAGACAUGGUGUCAGUCAGCUCUCUUACUGUAGCAACAUGAUAGUCUGUUGGCUGAGUGCUUUGAAAGGCAGACAGAUGCCAUCACUACAUCUCUUCGGUUUUAUGUAUUUAGUGGUAUUUUUAAUGAAAAGCUGCUCAUGUUUGCGCCUCUAAUAAAAUCAUGCAGGAAACACUUGUAUAGUUCAACGCUCCCUCCUGCUGUAGUCCGAGUCUUUGGAUGCAUCAGUGAUGGUAAUAAGCAAAGGAACACCUGAGCAGACGCCGCUCAGGGCACACCCAGCACUCCAGCUCUGCUCUCAUUGGCUGAACAGAUUCAGACUGAAAACAUGGUCUUAAUGUUUCAGCUGCGACUCUUCUGAACGGAGCUCAGAGAUCUUCUCCAUGAAUCAGAGCUUCUUCUAUCUAGACACAAUCAUAUAGAAACACAUAGAAAUAUAUAUUGUAGAUGUUUUAUUUAUUACAGCAUGAACUGUUGUGAGCGUAUGACAGGUUGUGUGUGUGUGUGUGUGUGUGUGUGUGUGCGCGCUGCACUGACUGAAGUCUUAACCCCCCCCCGGCUUUUCUAAUGUAAGAGACUGAAGGAGGCUUCAUCUGCACCCUGAGCAUGAGCUUCUCAUUACAACCUGCUGGUCUUCCUCAGUUUCACCUGAAAUCUAACGUUUCUUUUCCUCCACUGUUGCAGUGAAGCUUUGCUCCAGUCUUUUCAUCGUUGUGGAUCUGAAAACAUGAGACGUUAAGUUCUGAGAAUAAAUCAGAUGUUUACUACUCA